AUGCCCUUUCGCCUGCGCCAUGUGUGUCUAGCACUUCCUCUGCCGCUGGUGACGUCUGGGUGGUUGGAAUGUCAGGCGGAGUUCGGAGAGGCCCCCGGAAAGGGGCGAAAGGGCCGCGCAGUUGCGCCACAGCCACCUCCAGAGCGGCCUGGGGAGCGCGGCCUGCCACGGCUGGGGGCCCGCAUCUUAGAUUUGAGGCACACCUUCGAGUUCCUGUCCACCGGCGCCAGUCUGGUAAGGCUCCAACUGGAGGAUUUCCAGUGGCUGAAAGGUGUCGACCCAGACCUCCGCACUGGCUUCAAUGCAUUGCUGCAGGGUCGCCUUGGAAAGAGCUGCUGCAUGGCAGUGGAUGAUGUGUUGUCGCGGAGCUGGGAAUUGCAAGUGGCAUCUGAGCGGCUGAGGUUGCUGCAGACCCAGCGUUCGGCGCUCGUCGAAGAGUUGUUGGCCCUGAAACCCGCAGCUGGUGUCUUGUGCAACAGGAAUGUGGUGGACUCGCAUGCGUGGCACCGAAAGAAAGCCUCCAAGUUCGAAUUGCAAGAGCUUUGGCGUCGCUUCUUCGCUCAGCGGAAGGUGCUGGUGAUUCUGGGUGAUGAUUUCUCCGCCAAAGACCUGGAGAGGCUUCGGACCUUGACCGCUGCAGCGAGCUCUGCGGCGCGCUACGUGACGCUGGAGGAGUUGAGGGAUGGCGUGGCAGGUCGCGGUGAACCGGUGCAUUGUCAUUGCACCUGUGAGUACAGCGUUUGGGUGGAACUUCUGAAGGGCUUGGUGUGGAUCAGCAUUGCCCUGUUUUUCUACACACAACGUGUCAUUGGUUGGCUGUGGGAACGGCGGUGGCCUUGCGUUCUAACAAGUGACCCAUCCCACGAGAGACCGGUGGUAGGGGAGGCUGCAGAGGUGAUCCACUUUUCAUCAGAGGGAAGUCGGGUGUUCAUAUGCUACGACUUGCCACCCCCUGCACUGUGGCAUGAGCGGUACAUACUGAGUGCUUGUGCUUGCGGUCGAGGGUGGCAUAUAGUUUUGACGCCUGAUCGAGAUGUUUUUCCUGAAUUGAUUUCUUUAGAAAACGAAGACAUAGCCGGAUACCGCCUUGGCGAUGGCAUUCAGCUACCAGUGGGGUUGACUGGCGACAACACGUAUCGAUUUCGAAACCUGCCUGGACCAGAUGAGAUGGCUCAGCUGUUGCGUGAUGCUCGACAUGCAGGGCUAGCUCUUGCUUUUCCGCCUGGAGCUGGGGGGGCCCUGGCCGCUCCUGCUGCAGGCGUUCAAGCACCAGCUCAGCCAGUUGAUGAUGGCAGCAAAUGGGUCAUUGUAGAGACUGGUGAUGAUCGUAGGCGGGGAGAUGAAGUGACAUUGGAUGGGACAGAAAUUUUGAGGGACACCGUUGGCCUCAAGCAAGCUGUGGGCAAUUGGUAUGCCAUCCGAAAACUGCCCUCCAAUGACCUCACACUAUACCCUGGGCGUGAAGCAUCAGCAGAUGCGAGGCUUCUGGGAUUGACUUUUGCAGGGACCACACGUGAAGAGCGGCAAUGGCGCGAUGUAGCAAAGGAAUCUCAUGAGGAGAAGAUCGAAGACAGUUGGGGCGUUCAAGAGCACGACAAUUUGUCCAAAAUCAUUGACAGGCUUGGGAGAUAUGAUGGCCUUGAUUUGGCCAACAUUGCUGGAGCCGAACUCAUCUUCAGGCGUCUUCAACUGAUUGAAUAUUUUUAUUCUGAAAAGGGACCAGGAGGUGGGAAGGGUUCUGGCAAGGGCGAGAAGAAGGAUAAGAAGUCCGACGAUGGCAACUACAAAGCGGAAGCUGCUGUGUUCGCUGGGUCCCAUCGGGAGUUUGGUGAUACCAUGGUGGCUCCGGAGUUGCUGGACUAUGUGAGUAAGGAAAUCGAGAAAGAUGCCAGUGUCAUGAAGCAGGUUCGCAAGGCGCGUGAAGAGCGCCAAGCAGCAGCGAAGUGA